UGGCGGCGCCUACAGUGCAAUCGUGAGCCAGGAAAACAGGUCGUUUACAACGGUUUUUAAGGCUGGUUGGGAUGUUUUCUUUAACACGGACUGGUGUAUUCUGUUAUUGCGAGCACAGCGCGGAAAUAAAGGAGUAGGAAAUAAAACGACGCAAUCAUGCGGGUGUCCGUGAGAAGGCUGGCGCUGUAUCCCCUGUUUGCAGCCCAAAGGAGCGGAGCCCUCCAGAGUCCAUUUCUGCACCAAAUUUCACCCAGGAGUCGCACCCUGUUCAGUGAGACGGGCGUGUGGGAGAAGGACUAUCGAACGGAGACCAGACGCAAAGUGGAGGAAUGGUGGCACCCACGAAUUAUGGCGCAGUGGCGGAAGGAUGCAGUGGGGGAGAGUCCCCACAAGAAGAAGUUUUAUGUCCUCUCUAUGUUUCCUUACCCAUCAGGGCGACUGCAUAUGGGCCAUGUGCGAGUGUAUACCAUCAGUGACACCAUUGGUCAUUUCCAAAAAAUGAGAGGGCAUCAGGUCUUAAAUCCAAUGGGCUGGGAUGCCUUUGGACUUCCUGCUGAGAAUGCAGCCAUAGAGAGGGGGCUUGACCCAGAAGACUGGACUAAAAGUAACAUACAGUCUAUGCGGGAGCAGCUGGACACUCUCGGGCUUUGCUUCAACUGGGACCGGGAAGUGACCACUUGCCUCCCAGACUACUACAGGUGGACGCAGUAUCUAUUUAUCAAGCUCUUUGAAGCGGGACUGGCAUACCAAAAAGAGGCUGUGGUGAACUGGGAUCCUGUUGAUCAGACGGUGCUGGCUGAUGAACAGGUGGAUGAAAAUGGGCACUCCUGGAGGUCUGGAGCUCUGGUGGAGCAGAAGCUACUCACACAAUGGUUCAUCAAGACUACAAACUAUGCCAAGGUGAAUGGGAAGGAAACAGGAGAGACCCUGUUAGCCUACAGCUCCUCUCCGGAGACGGUGUACGGAGCUGCUUACCUGGCCAUCCUGCCCUCCCACAGACUGCUGCACGGCAGUAGCUCAGUGCGCUCCGCUCUGCAGGAAGCCUUUCAGCCAGGCAGAGACUCCCUGACAGACGUCACAGCUCACAACCUGUUCACCGGCCGUGAGGUUCCCCUGGUCAUCUCACACAAGGAGACUUUUGAUGACUAUCUGGAUACGGUGGUUGGUGUCCCAGACUGUAAUGAAGAGGAUCUGUCUGUAGCUAGAGCUCUGAAUCUGAGUUGGACAUCAGUGCUGAAAACUCAUGAAGAUGGGACACAAACCCUCAUCAACUCUGAGGAGUUCUCAGGCCUUACCAGAGAGCAAGCCUUUAACUCUAUUACCCAGAAGGCCAAAGAACAGAAGGUUGGAGGCUACCUAACCAGCUCCAAGCUCAGAGAUUGGUUGAUAUCCAGACAGCGAUACUGGGGCACACCCAUCCCUGUGGUGCACUGUGGGUCAUGCGGUCCGGUCGCAGUCCCUGAGGAGGAGUUACCAGUUACUCUGCCAAAGCUGCCGUCGAUUACAGGAAAGGGGGCGUCGCCUCUAGAAGCGGCACAUGACUGGGUCAACUGCAAAUGUCCCAGAUGCAAGGGCCCAGCGAGGAGGGAAACUGACACCAUGGACACAUUUGUGGACUCGGCCUGGUAUUAUUUUAGAUACACAGACCCUCACAAUGCAUACAGGCCUUUUGAGCGCCACUUGGCAGACCACUGGCUUCCUGUGGACGUGUACAUCGGAGGGAAGGAACACGCUGUUAUGCACUUGUACUAUGCUCGCUUCCUCUGUCAUUUCUGCAAGGAUCAGGGUCUUGUGGCUCACAGGGAACCUUUUCGGAAGCUCCUGGUCCAGGGUCUGAUCAAGGGCCAGACGUUUAAGCUUGCAGGCAGUGGCCAGUACCUAAAGAGAGAAGAAAUAAACUUCACAGAUAAGGAGCCAGUGGCUCUGAGUGGCGGUCGCGUUGAGGUGACGUGGGAGAAGAUGAGCAAGUCCAAACACAACGGGCUGGACCCCCAAGACGUGGUCCAGCAGUACGGCGUGGACACAGUACGACUAUACAUCCUCUAUGCGGCACCGCCUGAACAGGACAUCCUGUGGAAUGCUAAGACCGAUGCUCUUGCUGGCGUUCUGCGAUGGCAGUCUCGACUGUGGCAGCUGGUGACCAAGCUGAGAGCAGCACGGCAGCUCGGAGAUGUCCCCAACCCCAGACUGCUGAAAAAGAAAGAGCUCGCAGAGGCCAAAAAGAUCUGGGAGAACAAGAACUACGCAAUUCAAGAGGUGACGACGCACUUCACAGAGGACUUCCUGUUCAACGCAGCCAUAUCUCGCCUAAUGGGACUCACUAACACACUGAGCAGUGCAACAGUCAGGCUGUUGCAACACAGCGUGGAGUUUGAGGAAGCUCUGGCUGCCCUGGUUAUGAUGACAGCACCCAUGGCCCCUCACUUAGCUUCUGAGCUUUGGGCAGGUCUUUGCCAGGUGAAACACCCUCUCAGCCCCAUCCUCCAACAUGAAGGGGAUGUCCUGCAGCAGUCCUGGCCGACUGUGGACCCAGAGUAUCUGGAGGUCCCUGACUUUGUGGAAUUGUCUGUACUGAUAAACAACAAGUCCUGUGGCAUGGUGACCGUCCCUGUGCAGGUGUCCAAAGAUACCAGUCGGGUACAGCAGCUGGUUCUGGAGAGCCCCGUCGGACAGAAGUUUCUGAGCGAACGCAGCAUAAAGAGAGCCAUCCUGUCUCCCAGGACUGCUCUCAUCAACUUCCUUGUUGAUGAGUGACACUGGAUUGUUCACCACUGCUUUUGAGACAGACAAAAGAGGUGGACUUUUUAAAAAUCUAUUUAAGAAAACAUAAAAGGCUGAACGUCAGUUCAGAUAAAAAUUCAAUGAUAUCAAUGUAAAUAUCUAUAUAGACAUUUUAUUUAUAUGUUUUCUAUUUUAAUAAAAGAGCAACUGCA